AUGGUUGGGGAUAAACAAAAAAAAGUUGUUGUAAAAAAAUCAUUAAAGAGAAAAGAGCAAGAAGAAGAGGUUGUUGAUACACCUGUUGCUCCAGCCUCACCAGCUCCAGCUCCAACUCAACAAAAAAAUAAAAAGGCCAAGACUUCAACUGUUGCCAGCAGUAAAGAAAUUGAAGCUUUAGCAUCAGCUCCAUCAGUUAAAGAAAUUCAAAUCCAAAAUGAAAAGAGUAAAAUUGUACAAAAAUUAGAAGAAACACAAGAAACUGUUGAAGAAAAUGUUGAAGAACAAGAAUCAUCAGAAGAAAACAAUACAGGCAAUGUUUCAGAAAAAGAAUUAGGUAUUUCAGACAAUGCUAUUGAAUUUGCAAAUUUACCAAUUCACGACAAUACAAAGAAAUCAAUCGAAGAAAUGACUUUUAAAAAGAUGACACCAAUUCAAGCUAAAUCAAUUUUACCAUUACUCGAAGGAAAAGAUCUUUUAGGUGCUGCACGUACUGGUAGUGGCAAAACAUUAGCAUUUUUAAUUCCAGCAAUCGAAAUUUUAGUAAAGAGUGGAUUUAAACCAAGAAAUGGUACAGGUGUUAUUAUUAUUUCACCAACUCGUGAAUUAGCAUUACAAAUUUAUGGUGUUGCAAAAGAACUCUUAAAAUAUCACACACAAACACACGGUAUUAUUAUUGGUGGUGCCGCAAAGAAACCAGAAGAAGAAAGACUCGAAAAGGGUGUUAAUCUUUUAGUUGCAACUCCAGGUCGUCUUUUAGAUCAUUUACAAAAUACCAAAGGUUUUAUUACAAAGAAUCUCAAAUGUUUAGUUAUUGAUGAAGCAGAUCGUAUUUUAGAAGUUGGUUUUGAAGAAGAAAUGCAUAAAAUUGUUAAACUUUUACCAAAGAAUCGUCAAACUAUGUUAUUCAGUGCCACCCAAACUCGUAAAGUCGAAGAUAUUGCCAAGGUUUCACUUAACAACUCACCAGUUUACGUCGGUGUAGAUGAUGAACGUGAAAUUUCAACUGUUGAAGGUUUAGAACAAGGUUAUGUUGUUUGUCCAAGUGAACGUCGUUUCCUUUUACUCUACACUUUCUUAAAAAGAAAUUUAAACAAGAAAGUAAUUGUUUUCCUCAGUUCAUGCAAUGCCGUUAAAUACACUGCAGAACUUUUAAAUUAUAUCGAUAUUCCAGUAUUAGAACUCCACGGUCGUCAAAAGCAACAAAAAAGAACUAAUACUUUUUAUGAAUUUGUUAACGCUGAAAAGGGUAUCUUAAUUUGUACAGAUGUUGCCGCUAGAGGUCUUGAUAUUCCAUCAGUUGAUUGGAUUAUUCAAUACGACCCACCCGAUGAUCCAAAAGAAUAUAUUCACAGAGUUGGUCGUACCGCCAGAGGUGUUGGUAAAAAAGGUCGUGCUCUUCUUUUCCUUUUACCAAAAGAAUUAGGUUUCCUCAAAUACUUAAAAUUAGCUAAAGUUCCAUUAAACGAAUACGAAUUCCCAAAGAGUAAAAUCGCCAAUGUUCAAGACCAACUUGAAAAGGUUGUAUCUCAAAACUUUUACCUCUAUAAUAGCGCUCGUGAUGCCUAUAAAGCAUAUAUUUGUGCAUAUGCCUCACACUCCCAUAAAGAAAUUUUCGAUGUCAACGCUCUUGAUCUCCAAAUGGUUGCUAAAGCUUUUGGUUUCAACGAUCCACCAAAAGUUAAUCUUUCUGUUAAUUCAAGUGGAAAAAAUGAUAGAAAAACAAACAACAGAUCAGGUUUCGCAAAUAAACAAAAUGGUAGAUUCCCUAAAAAGGACGGUAGACAAUUCGAUCGUUAA